AUGGUUAGCAGAGUCAUCUUCUGGACCGGCUUCGGCUUCGUCGUCCGCUUCUGGCAACUCGGCAUCGAGAUGCGGCCCUUCUUCAACCGCAAGGCGCUGUGGGCGUACCCCGUGUUCGGCGGCGUGGGAGCCAGCUUCGGGUACUGGCUGCAGGGCGUGGACGAGCGGCAGACCAAGAUGCUGCAGGAGCGCAAGGAGGCCAUCCUGGAGAAGCGGGCGCGGCGGGCCGAGCGGGCGGCCGCGGCGGGCGAGGUUGUUGCGUGA